AUGGAAAAACGAAUAAUGAUUGGCUUGCGAGACCAAGUGGAAUUGCUGGAGUAUGAUCAUGUCCGAAGUCAGCAGCAACCGAAAGCAUUUGACAGAAUUUUUUUCCAUGCUGGAUUUGUUUACGCACACGAAGGAACAAUUGAUGGUGAUCAAAUGAAUUUUUCGUUACAUUUUUAUGAUCGAGUUAUAAACGAGAUUGGAUUAAAUGUUACUUGGCGUUUUGAAUGGAACGGUAAACGGACGAGACAUUGUCUAGAAGAAUCCAUCAGGAAAACGAUUGAAGUAGAAGCAGAAGAUCCAAGUAUUGGAGCUAAGUUUUCUCUUCCUUUGAGUGAAGUUAUUUCGAUGGCCGAUGGAGGGUCUCUACUUCUUCGCGUCGUCAUAAAUGUCCACCAUACGAAUGGGUUAAAGGGACCUUUGAAACGUUUUGAUAUUUCGAAUUCCGAAUGCUCAGAUUGUAUAGUACAGGUUGAAGAAGAAGAGUUUUAUGUGUCUAAAUCAUAUCUGCUCAGCCAGUGUCCUAAACUGUUCUACAAGACCCAACCUGAUAGAUUAAAAGUAUACCGUGUGCAUCCAACAAUUUUUCAAGACUUUCUAGAAGUUCUACAUGCCGUGCCAGGAUCUAUCAUGGACCACAACAUUGGACGCAUUCUUUCUUUCGCCUUUUUCUGUGGAGCUCGAACUGUGCUUGAAAAAUGCGAACAUUACUUGUUAAAUGCCGAGAGUAACAUUAAGAUGAGAGAAAAACUCAAUCUUUCGAACGAUUAUCAUUUGGAAGAACUACAGGAUUCGUUGGUUGAUCGAAUUACUGAUGCCAAAUUUCUCGAGUCCUUCCUCUUCGAAAAAGUUCUUCGAAGUAAAAAUUAUAUAAUGUCGAGAAAAGUAUUGGAUAGAAUGGAGGCCAGACAUGAAAAUUUUCAAAAUUCUAGUUUUCUGAUAUAUGGCACAGUACAGUCAGAAAAUAACAAUGGACACCAAACCAUAACUCUCUGUUACGGUACAAGCGAGAAAGCGACCGUUCUUCCAAGCGGCGCCGACUCCUCGUUUCAUAAUCGUUUUAGUGGCAGUAGACGACAAGCCCGCCUGUGGUGCACAGGUCCUGGGCGCGCAUACGGAAAGGACGCCGGUAUGGGGCAUAUACGGGGCAUAUGGGGCACACCACCGCCGCAAAGCAUCUCCUCGCCUGGCUUGCUGGCACUCGAUGAAAUGAACUAA